AUUCAGAGAAAUAGCAGGGGCCUUAGAAGAAGCACUUUCAGAUACACUGGAGGAAGCUCCAGCUGGCAGCUCAUUCUGUCUUUUGGCCACUCACAUGGUCUGGAUGAGUCUCCUGAAGUGCUGGUCAGAUCAAAUGUUUUUACCAUUAUUAGCACACCGUCUGUGGAAACUUAGUCUACAAAUUUUAGCGCGCUACUCUGUGUUCAUUGGUGAGGUUUCUGUGAGGCCCAUUUCCAGGGAGAAUACGAAGGAAAGCAAAAAAUCAGUGCCAGUUGGUAGAAAAGAAUCUUCUGUAAGCCUCAACCCUGGUGAGGACCAAGGGAAUGGGUCUUCUCCAGAAAGUCAGCCGUUGCCUUCUGUAUCUAGUACUCAGUUGGUAUAUGUUGCUGCAGAUCUGGACAAACUCCAGGAUCAGAUUCCUGACAUCUUAGAAAUGAUUAAACCAAAACUUGAAAUUAUUGGCUUCAAGAACGUAUCUUGUAUUGCAGGAGCCUUGGAAGACUCAAAGACUUCUUUAUCAGCCUGUGUGCCUACCUUGAAUAACAGGAUUAUCCAGGAUCUCAGUGAGUCCUCCUUCGCUUACCUGAAGAGUGCACUUGAAGUUCCAAGAUUAUACAGGAGAACCAAUAAGGAGGUGCCAACUAAAGCUUCACCUUACGUUGACAGUGCUCUUAAGCCCUUCUACCGCCUGCAGAAUGACUACAAAGAUACAUUGAAGCAGCCCAUGAUUCAUCAGUGGUUGGAAGGUGCCCUCUCUGAAAGCACACAGAAGUAUUAUGAAACUGUAUCUGAUGUGCUAAGUUCUGUUAAGAAAAUGGAAGAGAGCCUGAAAAGGUUGAAGCAAGCCAGAAGAACUGCAACUUCAAACCCUGUUGGUACAAAUGGGGGCAUGAGUGAUGAUAACAAAAUCCGACUGCAGCUGGCCCUAGAUGUUGAGUAUUUUGGAGAACAAAUACAAAAGAUGGGACUGCAAACAAGCAGCAUAAAAAGCUUUUCAGCCCUUGCAGAGCUGGUUCUGGCUGCCAAGGACCAGGCUACAGCGGAACAAUCCUAGAUAGUUUUGAAAGCCCCUACAAGAAAGAGAGAGAAUUUAACUCUUCUUUAUUUUAACAAAUAAGUAGCAAUGAAGUGCUUCCUAAUGUAUCUCGAGCAACAAAUCAGCGCAUCUUCGGUCAAGAUAGGCUUCUUUCACCAAAAGACUGAGAAUUUAACAUAGUUUUCCAUUAUAUGGAAAGCAAUCAAAAGUUCUAAACCUUCUACAAUACAAUAAAAGUGGAAAAAAAUGGUUUUUUAUUUUUGUUGUACAUCUUAAAAUGUAGAAGAAUGAACUUAUAUGAUGAAGAUAAUAGGUAAUAAAUUGUCUUCCUAA